UUAAAGCCCCCCAACCAAUGUCGGACUCGGACAUCGCCACCGCCCAACCCGCCUCCGCCUCCUCCGCCGCCGCCGCCGAGGAGGUCUCACCUCCGCCGCCGCCGUCGCCGCCGUCCGACCCUACCUCCCACCCGCCGCCGUCCGAGAUGGAGGAGACCGUCCAUGAUCCGCUCCCCACGGAGGCCAGGAAGGAGGCGAGCCCCGCCCCCAACGUCGCCUUCAGCAUCUGGCCCCCCUCGCAGCGCACCCGCGACGCCGUCGUCGCGCGCCUCAUCGAGACCCUCUCCGCCCCGUCCGUCCUCUCCAAGCGCUACGGCACCGUGCCCCAGGACGAGGCCGCCUCCGCCGCCCGCGCCAUCGAGGAGGAGGCCUUCAACGCCGCCGGCGGCGCCGCGGCCGCCGACGACGACGGCAUCGAGGUCCUCCAGAUCUACUCCAAGGAGAUCAGCAAGCGGAUGCUCGACUCCGUCAAGGCCCGCGCCUCCCUCGCCGCCGCCGCCUCCCCCGCCGCGGCGCCGGACAGCGCCGCGGCUCCGUCCCCGGCCCCUACCCCCGGCGGUGACGCCGCUGCCCCCGCCGCCAACGAGGAGACCUCUUCUACCGUCGAGUCGGAGGCUUAGGUUUUGUUCUUCAGCUCGUGAGGGAGGCGCUUCUUUUUUGUUGUCGUCGGUUUAGAGAUCUAAUGUGGAUAUUCAUCGUGAUACAUUGAGGGUUAUUACUUAGUAUCUUUCUUGAUUUGGUUCGCUUGGACUAAGUAUCGAAUAUGGUGGUCGUUAAUGUGAGAAAUGGUGUCAUGAUCUAUUCAUAUCUAGGUCUCUGCGACUGCCUUCAGGCACCUAUGAUAAUUAUAUGGGUAUGAUUACCUGAUGCAUUGUGAGCUUUUCGUUC